UCUGGCAAUGGCUGUCAUUAAGAACAUUUGUUUAGAGAUGAAGUCCUCUUGGUAUAUCCCAAAUAAUGAGAUUUUGGGGUCAUAAAGUUGGAAGAGACCCCAAGAGCCAUCCAGUCCAAAUCCCCUGCCAUGCAGGAAUACAUCAUCAAAACACCCCAGACAGGUGGCCACCCAGCCUGAGGCCUAUUGUGUAUCUAUACCAGGCAUGGGCAAACUUCAAAAUAUAAUUUAAAAUCCGGUACUCCAAAUCGUCCUUUUUUCUUAGAAUUUAUCAUUAUAUUGUAUUUUAUUCUUGGUUUUUUCCCCUUCCAAACAAAUUUCAUUACAGUAGAGUCUCACUUAUCCAACAUUCUGGAUUAUCCAACGCAUUUCUGUAGUCAAUGUUUUCAAUAUAUCAUGAUAUUUUGGUGCGAAAUUCGUAAAUACAGUAAUUACUACGUAGCAUUACUGCAUAUUGAACUACUUUUUCUGUCAAAUUUGUUGUAUAACAUGAUGUUUUGGUGCUUAAUUUGUAAAAUCAUCACCUAAUUUGAUGUUUAAUAGACUUCUCCUUAAUCUCUCCUUAUUAACCAACAUAUUCGCUUAUUAUUUAUUUAUUUAUUUAUUUACAGUAUUUAUAUUCCGCCCUUCUCACCCCGAAGGGGACUCAGGGUGGAUUACAAUGAACACAUAUAUGGCAAACUUUCAAUGCCAACAAACAAACAACAUACAUUAGACAGACUCGGAGGCAUUUUUAACAUUUUUCCAGCUUCACGAUUCCGGCCACAGGGGGAGCUGUUGCUUCACCGUCCAGUAGUGGCUGUACUUCCUCAUUCCUUUCCUCGUGUUUUGCUGGCAGUAUUAUGGUGUUGUAAAUUAGCCUCCCGCAUAAAGCAUCCCUAAAUUUCCCUAAUUGACAGAUGCAACUGUCUUUUGGGGCUGCAUAGGUCAACAGCAAGCCGGGGCUAUUAAUGGUCGGAGGCUUAACCCGACCCGGGCUUCGAACUCAUGACCUCUCGGUCAGUAGUGAUUUAUAGCAGCUGGUUACUAGCCAGCUGCGCCACAGUCCAACAUUCUGCCGGCCCGUUUAUGUUGGAUAAGUGAGACUCUACUGUAUAUCCUUAUUCCAUUCUUUAAAUAUUUUCGUAUUCCGAAUAAUGGGGAGGUUUUGAAACAAAUAUAACAUUUUUGGUAAAAUAUUCAUUUUUAUUGCGCCAAUUCGACCUAAUAAAGACAGGUUUAAAUUCUUCCAGCUUUCUAGUUCUUUUUGGAUUUCCUUCCAUUUAUUUAAGUAAUAUUGUAAUACGAUAUAAUACUAAUAAUACAAUAUUGUCAUGCAGCCAGAUCCCAGGGCUGAAUUUCCAAGCCCUGAAUCUGACUUCAUAACAUAAACAUGCGAGCACCUGGCGGGAGAAGAUAAAAUGAGCCUGGGAACUCAGGGGUGAAAGUAUAAACAAUUAUAAUUGCUGUAGUGUGGGGGGGAUAGAAACCUUGGUGGAAAUGUGAUCCAGAAGGUGGGGUUUGAUGAUGAUAUUUGCGUGUGAUGUUACGUUGCAUCAGAAGUGAUAAAAUUAGAUGUAUGUAAACAUUAAAGUCGAGAAUCCCAUUUCUCACCCUCCUGCGGAAUUCGCAGUGAAGUGAUAAUGAGCGAGGAAGAAGAUCAAAGCCCAAAUGAGGCAGAGAGGCCUUUGCAAGGGGCCCGGCCGAAGAGAGAAGAGACGCUGCAAGCCAUAGCUUCCUCUACGGGGUACCCCAAGCCGAACGGCGUGACCCAGAGAAUUCCCAGGCUCGGAAGAGGCGUCUCUGCAGCUGCAGAAACCAGUUGGGGAUCUGGAGGAAGUAUGCCGGAGACCGUGGCCCUGCGGUUAUCCAUCCUGGAAACUAAUUUAUCCAGGCUGUCGGAAACCGUGGGGAGAUUGGUGCCAUUAUUGGAAGAGAAUCUCCAGAAGGAGGCCAGCCGAUAUGGCGCCGAGAAAGAACCAAGCAAAGAAGGAGAUUGGAGCCAGAGGGACCAGCGGGCGUCAACGCAGAGCCCCGUGGCGGCAAGGGACGAGGGAGAUGAGGAAUACUGGCAGGAGCUGCAGUUCCGGGACAGCAUGGCGCGAGAAGUGGAGCGUCAGCGAGCCCUGGGGACCCUGAGGCCGCCGUCUCCAACAGAGCUCCCAACCCCCCGAAUGGGCGUCGGGGUGGAAAGGCCACUGGGGCCAGGGAUCGGGUCCAGUGGAUUCGCAGACGAAGGCGAAGAGGAGGAGGAUGUGCCGUACGACGAGGAAAGGCGAGAUGAGGGGGCUACAGCUAGGCCAGUAUGCGGAUGGGCGGAAGAGCCAACAGCGGCGGCAGACUUCCAGGAGCCGCGCAGAAUGACCACCGGAGUGGGGCGCGGCGUGUUCCAAGGAGCCACCCGAGGAAACCUGAUGCAACCCUUCCCCAUGCCGCCCAGACAAUAUCAAAGGGCUGCAGAAUGGAUGCCUAGAAGGGAAGAUCUCAAGCUGGAAUACGGAGGGGAAUCAGAGGAACUGAACUUUUUUCUAAUUAGCAUUAGAGGAUACAUGGAAGACAACGCACACACAUUUCCCUCCGAAGCAAGCAGGGUUCGAGCCAUCGGCAACACACUAAAGCGAGGAGCAGCCAGCUGGUAUGUGCAAUUGCAUGCCAGACGCGACCCAUGCCUGAGGUCAGUGCCCCGCUUCCUCGCCGCACUGGAGAACCGGUUCAGAGACCGGCUAGAGCAAUUGAGGGCUCGAGACCAGCUGAAAGGAAUAAAACAGAGGGACAAAACGGUGCCCGAGUACGCAGAGGAAUUCCUCCACCUCGCGGAAAGGGUACCGGAGUGGUCUGAAGUAACCAAAGUGGAACUAUUUAAAGAGGGACUACGCCCCGAGAUUUUCAGCUGGGCAGCGCACAGAGACGACCCCGAGACGCUCCAGGGAUGGAUUCAACUAGCGGGGCGCGUCGAAUCUACCCUGGCACAAGUAAAGCGCUUCAGGAGCAGCAGCGGCCAGCAAAGACCGGUGGCGAGAGGUCGAGGAGAAACGAGGAAGCAAGAAAGACCCGGAGGGAGGCCGGGGAUUCCCUCCAGAGGAGACGACAACAAACCUAAACCGGGAUGCUUUGUAUGUGGGAAGACGGGCCACCGAGCAGCGGAAUGCUGGGCCCGGAAGGGGGAGCCGCCAAAAGCCCCAAAGCCCAAGCCAGCAACCGGGAGGCGUGCGGAGGAGGAGGUGCAGGCCCCAGAAUCUUCGGAAAGAUUGGACUAUGGUGAAAGAAGAACCGAAGAGGAGGACGAAGAAAACGGGGGCGCCAUGUCAUGCAGCCAGAUCCCAGGGCUGAAUUUCCAAGCCCUGAAUCUGACUUCAUAACAUAAACAUGCGAGCACCUGGCGGGAGAAGAUAAAAUGAGCCUGGGAACUCAGGGGUGAAAGUAUAAACAAUUAUAAUUGCUGUAGUGUGGGGGGGAUAGAAACCUUGGUGGAAAUGUGAUCCAGAAGGUGGGGUUUGAUGAUGAUAUUUGCGUGUGAUGUUACGUUGCAUCAGAAGUGAUAAAAUUAGAUGUAUGUAAACAUUAGGUCAUUCUCGACUUUUCCAAAGUCAUGUAUUCUUCAAUAAAGAUUGUGUUUGAGAGCA